GCCGAGCCCUGCGGCGAAGCAGCUCCAUCGUCUCCAUCGCCAUGAGCCUCUUCAACCUGGACCGCUUCCGCUUCGAGAAGAGGAACAAAAACCUGGGGCCAGCGCGGGUGGAUUUGCCUGCUUCCGACACCAACGAGGAUGCCGAGACGGGUGGGGAUAAAGGCGCCGGGCCAGAUACCCCGGAAUCAGAUGUGACAGACAAAACGGAAGACUCCAGUGUCCCAGAAACUCCAGAGGCUGAGAGAAGGGCAAGUUUAUCUUAUUUCAAGAAUCCAAGAGGGGUACAAUUCAUUGAUUUGUCAUCUGAUGCCGAAGAUUUUGGUUCCCCAAACUGCUCCAAUAAUAACCAAGAUGAAAUUCCCAAAAAAGAGCCCGUGAUUAUAAUUUCGGAGCCAUCUGAGGACGAACACUCUGAAGACGUGUCCCCUGAAAUGGCAGCUAGAAAUGUUGGCCAAGUUGUUGAGUCGGACUACAUCAAAGAUGCAAAGCUUCAGACUUUGAAGGAACUCUUCCCGCGAAGAAGUGACAAGGAAUUAACUCAGGUAAUUGAAUCAACAAGUACAAUGGACGGAGCAAUAGCUGCCGCUCUGAUGGUGUUUAAUGAGGAAGCUGCACCCCAAAAAAGAAAAUUAGAUUCAUCUUCUGAGGAUAGCUCCCAAGAUGAUGACACCAGUGAUGAGCAAGUUAUAAAAAAGAAAAGAGUCAAUCCUCUAGACGCAUCCAUUGAUUCUGCUGGAUCAGAAGAUGAAUGGGAAAGACAGGAAGCUAUAGUAUUGAAACUGCAAAAUGAAUUUCCAAACUUGGACAAAGAGGAACUAAGGGAUGUACUCAAGGAACAUGACUGGAUGUUUAAUGAAGCCUUGGAAUCACUAAGACUAUUUGCAGAAGAUCCGGAAGCAGAUCCCCAGCAGCCUUCUCCAAGCCAAGUUCCAAAUGGCCAAGAAGUCUCCACAAAUAGGGAAAAUCACCAUAAAAACAGUACUAAAGUGAAGCUGAAGCAGAAAUAUGCCGGGAAGACCCAGAACGGCUUUGACAAAAAGGAAAAAGGCAGAAGAGUUGUUUGGAACCCUAAAAGAGAAAUGCAGGAUUCUGAAUCCGAAUCGGGCUCCGAAGGUGGCAGCUCCCUAGAUGAGGACUACAGCAGUGGUGAUGAAGUGAUGGAGGAUGGCUACAAAGCUAAAAUCCUUCACUUCCUACAGGAUGCUUCCCUUGGCGAACUGACUCUGAUCCCUCAGUGCUCGCAAAAAAAGGCUCAGAAGAUAACAGAGCUCCGGCCCUUUAACAGUUGGGAAGCUCUGUUCACAAAAAUGUGCAAGACAAAUGGCCUGUCAGAGGAUUUAAUAUGGCACUGUAAAACUUUGAUCCAAGAAAGAGAUGUUGUUAUAAGGCUCAUGAACAAAUGUGAAGACAUUUCCAAAAAACUGACAAAGCAAGUGACAAGACUCACUGAAAAUGGUGCUGGAUGGAACAUAGAGCAGCCUUCUAUUCUAAACCAAAGUAUGUCUCUGAAGCCUUAUCAGAAAAUUGGUUUGAAUUGGCUCGCAUUGCUACAUAAACAUGGACUGAAUGGCAUUUUAGCUGAUGAAAUGGGUUUGGGCAAAACAAUUCAAGCCAUUUCCUUCCUGGCAUACCUCUACCAGCAGGGUAAUAAAGGCCCUCAUCUGAUUGUCGUUCCUGCUUCAACUUUAGACAACUGGAUAAGGGAGGUCAAUCUGUGGUGCCCUGACCUUAAUGUUCUCUUUUAUUAUGGCUCUCAAGAGGAUCGCAAGCAGAUUAGAUAUGACAUUCAUAAUAAAGUUGUAGACUUCAAUGUGAUCGUAACCACGUAUAAUUGUGCCAUCAGCAGUACAGAUGAUCGUAGUUUAUUUCGACGGCUGAAACUUGACUAUGCGAUCUUUGAUGAGGGCCAUAUGCUGAAGAAUAUGAGUUCUGUACGCUACCAGCACCUUAUGACCAUAAAUGCGAAGAAUCGUUUGCUGCUAACAGGUACUCCUGUUCAGAAUAAUCUGUUGGAACUAAUGUCUCUCUUGAAUUUUGUCAUGCCUCAUAUGUUCAGUAGUAGCACCAGUGAAAUCCGAAGAAUGUUCUCUUCCAAAGCAAAAUCAGCUGAAGAACAAAGUAUAUAUGAAAAAGAGAGAAUUGCUCAUGCCAAGCAAAUUAUAAAGCCAUUUAUUCUGAGGAGAGUGAAAGAAGAGGUCCUUAAGCAGCUACCUCCCAAAAGGGAUCGCAUCGAGUUGUGUGCCAUGUCAGAAAAACAGGAGCAGCUCUACUACGACCUUUUCAACAAAAUGAAGAAAUCUAUCCACAGCAUGGAGAAAAAUACAGAAAUGGGCAAUGUCAUGAUGCAGCUAAGAAAAAUGGCUAAUCAUCCUUUAUUACAUCGCCAAUAUUACACGACAGAAAAACUCAAGACAAUGUCAAAGCUUAUGCUAAAGGAACCCACACAUUGCGAUGCUAACCCUGACCUCAUUUUUGAAGACAUGGAAGUUAUGACGGACUUUGAGCUGCAUUUACUUUGUAAGCAGUAUGGGCAUAUCAGUGACUUCAAGUUAGAAAUGGAUUUGAUUUUGGAUUCUGGAAAAUUCAAAACUUUGGAAUACAUUUUGGCUGAACUGAAGCAAAAGGGUGACAGAGUUGUACUCUUUAGCCAAUUUACAAUGAUGUUGGACAUCUUAGAAGUUCUUCUAAAACAUCACCAGCACAGAUAUCUUAGAUUGGAUGGAAAGACUCAGAUUUCUGAAAGAAUACAUCUUAUAGAUGAGUUCAAUACAGAUAUGGGCAUCUUCGUGUUCCUGCUGUCAACGAAAGCGGGUGGCCUUGGGAUCAAUCUGACAUCAGCAAACGUGGUGAUCCUGCAUGAUAUUGAUUGCAACCCUUAUAAUGAUAAGCAAGCAGAAGAUCGAUGUCAUAGAGUGGGUCAGACUAAGGAAGUACAAGUUAUAAAACUAAUAAGCCAAGGGACGAUUGAAGAAUCCAUGCUUAAAAUCAACCAACAUAAAUUGAAGCUAGAACAAGAUAUGACCACAGCAGAUGAAGGAGAUGAAGGAACCAUGCCUGCAGAUAUAGCCAGUUUACUAAAAACGUCAUUAGGGCUCUAAAUUCAAGAGGACUGGCAUUCCUCACCGAGAAGAAAACAUCAGUGCGGUGCACCCCGGAAUUUUUACAUUACGAUGGUCAUGGGUUUUAUGAACAUUUAUAACUUUUUGUAAUUUCCAUACUGUAUUUCUCAUGGUAUUGAAGUU